UCCUUCCCCCCAACCAUUCCCCCCUUGACUUUUCUAGAAUGUUCGUGGCAUCAGAGAGAAAGAUGAGAGCUCACCAGGUGCUCACCUUCCUCCUGCUCUUCGUGAUCACCUCGGUGGCCUCUGAAAACGCCAGCACGUCCCGAGGCUGCGGGCUGGACCUCCUCCCCCAGUACGUGUCCCUGUGCGACCUGGACGCCAUCUGGGGCAUUGUGGUGGAGGCGGUGGCCGGGGCGGGUGCCCUGAUCACACUGCUCCUGAUGCUCAUCCUCUUGGUGCGGCUGCCCUUCAUCAAGGAGAAGGAGAAGAAGAGCCCCGUGGGCCUCCACUUUCUGUUCCUCCUGGGGACCCUGGGCCUCUUCGGGCUGACGUUCGCCUUCAUCAUCCAGGAGGACGAGACCAUCUGCUCCGUCCGCCGCUUCCUCUGGGGCGUCCUCUUUGCGCUCUGCUUCUCCUGCCUGCUGAGCCAGGCAUGGCGUGUGCGGAGGCUGGUGCGGCAUGGCACGGGCCCCGCGGGCUGGCAGCUGGUGGGCCUGGCGCUGUGCCUGAUGCUGGUGCAAGUCAUCAUCGCUGUGGAGUGGCUGGUGCUCACCGUGCUGCGCGACACAAGGCCAGCCUGUGCCUACGAGCCCAUGGACUUUGUGAUGGCCCUCAUCUAUGACAUGGUACUGCUCGUGGUCACCCUGGGGCUGGCCCUCUUCACUCUGUGCGGCAAGUUCAAGAGGUGGAAGCUGAACGGGGCCUUCCUCCUCAUCACAGCCUUCCUCUCUGUGCUCAUCUGGGUGGCCUGGAUGACCAUGUACCUCUUCGGCAAUGUCAAGCUGCAGCAGGGAGAUGCCUGGAACGACCCCACCUUGGCCAUCACGCUGGCGGCCAGCGGCUGGGUCUUCGUCAUCUUCCACGCCAUCCCUGAGAUCCACUGCACCCUUCUGCCGGCCCUGCAGGAGAACACGCCCAACUACUUCGACACGUCGCAGCCCAGGAUGCGAGAGACGGCCUUCGAGGAGGACGUGCAGCUGCCCCGGGCCUAUAUGGAGAACAAGGCCUUCUCCAUGGAUGAACACAAUGCAGCCCUCCGAACAGCAGGAUUUCCCAACGGCAGCUUGGGAAAAAGACCUAGUGGCAGCUUGGGGAAAAGACCCAGCGCUCCGUUUAGAAGCAACGUGUAUCAGCCAACUGAGAUGGCCGUCGUGCUCAACGGUGGGACCAUCCCAACUGCUCCGCCAAGUCACACAGGAAGACACCUUUGGUGAAAGACUUUAAGUUCCAGAGAAUCAGAAUCUCUCUUACCGAUUUCCCUCCCUGGCUGUGUCUUUCUUGAGGGAGAAAUCGGUAACAGUAGCCGAACCAGGCCGCCUCACAGCCAGGAAAUUUGGAAAUCCUAGCCAAGGGGAUUUCGUGUAAAUGUGAACACUGACGAACUGAAAAGCUAACACCGACUGCCCGCCCCUCCCCUGCCACACACACAGACACGUAAUACCAGACCAACCUCAAUCCCCGCAAACUAAAGCAAAGCUAAUUGCAAAUAGUAUUAGGCUCACUAGAAAAUGUGGCUGGGAAGACUGUUUCAUCCUCUGGGGGUAGAACAGAACCAAAUUCACAGCUGGUGGGCCAGACUGGUGUUGGUUGGAGGUGGGGGCUCCCACUCUAUCACCCCCUCCCCAGCAAUUGCUGGACCCCAGGUGGCCUCUUGGAGAAGACCGUUGCGUUGAGGACAAAUGGGGACUUUGCCACCGGCUUGCCUGGUGGUUUGCACAUUUCAAGGGGGUUAGGAGAGUUAAGGAGGUUGUGGGUGGGAUUCCAAGGCGAGGCCCAACUGAAUCAUGGGGUGAGCUUUAUAGCCAGUGGAGGUGGAGGGACCCUGGCAUGUGCCAAAGAAGAGGCCCUCUGGGUGAUGAAGUGACCAUCAUAUUUGGAAAGUGAUCAACCACUGUUUCUUCUAUGGGGCUCUUGCUCUAGCGUCUGUGGCGAGAACACAGGCCCUGCCCCCUUCCCUUGUAGAGCCAUAGAAAUAUUCUGGCUUGGGGCAGCAGUCCCUUCUUCCCUUGAUCAUCUCGUCCUAUUCCUACACUUACAGGUGUAUCUCCAAACCCUCUCCCAAUUUUAUUCCCUUACUCAUUUCAAGAGCUCCAAUGGGGUCACCAGCUGAAAGCCCCUCCGGGAGGCAGGUUGGAAGGCAGGCUCCACUGCAGGUUUUCCGCGAUGAUGUCACCUAGCAGGGCUUCAGGGGUUCCCACUAGGAUGCAGAGAUGACCUCUCGCUGCCUCACAAGCAGUGACACCUUGGGUCCUUUUCAUUGCUGUGGUGAAAGUUCCUGGAAGGAAUGGAUCACAUGAUGGUUUCUUGUUGCUUUUGGAGGGUGUGGGGGAUAUUUUGUCUUGGUUUUUCUGCAGGUUCCAUGAAAACGGCCCUUUACCAAGCCCAUUGUUUCUGUCAUGGUUUCCAUCUGUCCUGAGCAAGUCAUUCCUUUGUUAUUUAGCAUUUCGAACAUCUCGGCCAUUCAAAGCCCCCAUGUUCUCUGCACUGUUUGGCCAGCAUAACCUCUAGCAUCGAUUCAAAGCAAAGAGUUUUAACCUGACGGCAUGGAAUGUAUAAAUGAGGGUGGGUCCUUCUGCAGAUACUCUAAUCACUACAUUGCUUUUUCUAUAAAACUACCCAUAAGCCUUUAACCUUUAAAGAAAAAUGAAAAAGGUUAGUGUUUGGGGGCCGGGGGAGGACUGACCUCUUCAUAAGUCAGUACGUCUGAGCUGAGUAUGUUUUAAUAAACCUUUUGAUAUUUCUCGAG